AUAUGUCAAAAUAUGAUGUCAUGUCACAAAUCACAAUUGUAUUUUGUUCAUAGAUUUUGGUUCAUUCAAAUCAUGUUUUUUAUUUACUAAAAAUCCCAAUUGUUCCUAAUUUUUGUGUACAUUUCGUAGUUUUAUAAUAUUUAGCAGAAUAAAUUAUAUAAGAUGGAACAAGAUAAAGAAGAAGGUGAAAUGAGUGAUGAUACAGAAAUGCUCGUAGACGAGGGAGACGAAACUGACACAAAAUGUACAGUGCUUUAUACAGCAGAUAAACAUGGCCCACUUGUAAAAAAGUUAAACAAAAUUGAUGCCUCAAAGCUAGAAGAGAGAGCAAAACGAUUUGGUUUAGAUCUUAGUGGCAACAGGAUGGUUAGUCAGACACAAAUCGAUGAACUUUACCAUAAUUUUGGCAUUGAAAGUGGAAAUGAGCGGCAUUUUAGAUUUGAUACACUUCAUUUGAAUGGUAUGCAUGGUCUGACUACAAAAGAUAUUUUUGAGUAUUUAGAAGAUUAUAAACCGGUGUCUCUGGAAUGGAUUGAUGAAAAUUCAUGUAAUGUUGUCUGUCAAGAUCACAUCUCUGUUGCAUUAGCUUUGUUGGUUCAUUCUAGAGAAAUUAAAAAUAAAGAAAUAAAUGAAAUGCUACAUGAAAAAUCUACAUACCAUUGGAGAGAAGGAAUGCCCCAUCCCAAAAGAGAUUUAAUAUUGAUGCGUUUUGCUACAAACAGUGAUAAGAAAACACCUAUAAAAAUAUCAGAACAAAAAGUAAAAAAAGAUUAUAAUGAAGAAAAUAUUAACAAUUUGGGAAAAAAUCCAUGGGGUGAUUUAUGUAGAUCAUGGGGAAUUUAUGAUCAUCAAGAGGUAUUUCAAAGAAAGCUGCCGAAAACAGACUUUGAAGAGGAUAAUCCUGAAGAACAACCAAUUGUACAAAUAAAAAGCAAGAGAUUAGCGAUGCGACUUGGAAAACGAAGUAUUAAAGUUGAAAGUGACAAUGAAAGCAGUUCUUCAGAUUCAGAAUGGAAGAUGAAAUCUAAAACACCCAGAAUGAGAAUGCAUGCUGAUGAUGAAGAAUCAAAACAAAGAAAACAAAACUUGCCUAAACAAUACAAAGUUGAGGAAGAUGAUGGUUAUGCCCCUUUGUCAAUAGAGGUCAUUAACUCGAGAAGUACAUUCACUCCAAGAGAAACAAGAGUGUCAGAUAAGUUUAGAUAUAAAGAUACAAGACAGGAAAAGGAUGCAAGAACAAAUUAUGUGCACAGAAAUAUACAAUCUAGAUUAGGUGUUAAGGUAGCACCAGAAGAACACUCAAGUUCAAGUGAUGAAUCCUCAUCCAAUGCCUCCGAUCAUAAUAUCAUGAGCAGAGUACAAAAAGUUACCAGCACCUCAAAAAAUUCCUCUGAUGUGUGGUCCAGAUUGGAGGGUAUGUCACAUAAUGUAGCACAAAAAGAUCUUAGACAAAUUUUAACAACACGCAAACAUAAAUCAGAUGAUCACAAACAUGAAUCAGAUGACUUAAGAGAAAAACUUGGUAAAACAAAACAAUGUAAUCUACGUAUUGAAAUAGACAAUAAUUAUGCUGAUGAAUAAAUCAAUUUUACUACUUCUAUGUAUUUACUUUUUUAUUAAGUUGUUAUA